AAAUAGAACUUUUAAUAUUGCUUCUUUUUUCAAUUGCUUGCACCAGUUUAUACUUUUUUUUCAUAAAUCCUUCUCAAUCUUAUUCUCUUUUUUUGCAAACACCAACAACUGAAUGGCUGAAAUUAAGCAAACCGAACAGAACCACCAGCACCCCAUUCAUGCUGCUCCUGUCAUAAUUGCCUCCGACUCCAUAGACCGCCCUACUGUUUUGACUAACCCUGCUCCUGCCACGAUGGACACCGAAAUUACCAAAAGCCCCAACGAUGGCAGUGACAAUGACAUUGGGAGUCCUGCUGUUGUAAACGUUGAAGGUGACAACCCUGUCAUUUCAAACACAUCGACAUUUCCGGCCGCCAGCACCAUUCAGCCGCCCGCGAGGCUGCAGCGGACCUCAAUUCCACCACCAAUCGAUACUGAGAAUGCUAGCAAGGACGCCGAUAACACCCUCCGCUCGAGGCUGCUGUCGACCCUGUCGUCAUCUUCGUUGGCCACGGAUCAGCCAGCGAUAGCUGUUCCAGAGUUGGUGUUUGAUGCUUCCGAAAGAAUCACCGCUGCCGAGAAGUUGGCUCCCCCAAAUGCGGUCGAUACAGCCAAUGCUACCGCUGCCACUGGAAUUUCUGGCGGCCCCGACCCCGCCCAAUGCGAGCACAUUGGCGUGUCGUUUUCAAAAAACCGCCGCUACCGGAGGACCAUGGAGGACGCACACUACCACAAGUACGACUUUGAUGGCAUCAGGGGCCAGUGCUUUAUGGCUAUAUUCGACGGUCACGCUGGCCGCCAGGCUGCCCAGUGGUGCGGAGAUAACUUUUCGGAGGUGUUUUUGCAGCUGAAGCGCGAGCGGCCCGAGCUCCCAGUACCCGAGCUUCUCAACGAGACAUUUGUCGAGGCUGACCGGAGGCUUGCCACAGAUGUCAAAACCAACUCUGGCUGCACUGCUGUCGUUGCCUACUUGGAAAUCCGUGACAUUCCGGUGGACAGUAACAGCGUAUCUGCCACCGAUGAUUCCGACGAUGCCCCUUCCAAAAGCCCAGCAACGCGCCAGCAGCGAACGCUCUACUGUGCGAAUGCCGGCGAUGCGCGCGCCGUGCUCAGCCGCGGCGGAAACGCUGCCAGACUGACCUACGACCACAAGGGCGACGAUGUCCACGAGAUUGAGCGCAUCUCUGAGUCGGGCGGCUACGUCUUUAACGGAAGAGUAAAUGGCAUCCUUGCAGUCACUCGCUCGCUGGGCGACCCGGGCCUCAAGCAGUUUGUCAUCGGAAAUCCGUUCACCACAGAGACAAUUCUCAAUGAUGACGACGACAUUCUCAUUCUUGCUUGCGAUGGCCUGUGGGACGUAUGCUCGGAUCAGGAGGCUAUACUUUUGGACUACGCGCUGCACAACGAGAGCAUGGACAACGUCACAGCGAUGGUCCUCCGCAUGCACCCACCGCCACAUCCGGAAUCGUCGUAG